GUUUUUUUACGUCCAUACAAACUUUUGAUCAUAACCGUCCCCUCACACGGGGAAAAUGGUGGUGACUUUCUUGGAAAUUCAGCUCACUCUUUUGCAGUUUCAAUGGCAACUCCAUUGGUGGCCACACCCAUAAAUUUGUCUCUUACUCUUCUUAACCACCAUGAUUCCAAAUCCUUUUCCUUUAGUUGUCUCACUUUUAAGCCAAACCUUCACAGGAUCCCUACAAACCCAACAACACCUUUUGCUUUCAAUGGAAACCCUCACUUAUAUAAGCAUGAACAUAAUCAUUCUAGUGCUCGUGCUCCCCAUAAAUCGUUGCUACCCAUUAGAGUUCUUGGACCCAACUCCAACUUCUUGCAAAUGGGUCCUCAAGAAACUAGCUCUAGCAGAUCAAUUUUAGUGAAAUCCUCUGGUUCAGAAAGUACCAACAUUUCCACUUCCACUAUCUCUCAAAAAGUAUUUGAGGUAUUGCACUUGGUUGUUUCGCUUGGGAUAAUUCUGGCAAUGGAUAAGUUCUUGAAGAAAGCUUUUGUGGCUGCUGCUAUAAAGUUUCCCAGCGCGUUAUUUGGAAUGUUUUGUAUUUUUUCUGUUUUGGUCAUUCUAGAUACUACUAUCCCUGCUGCUGCAACAAACUUGAUGAACUUUUUUGAGCCAGCCCUCAUGUUCAUUCAGAGAUGGCUUCCACUGUUUUAUGUUCCGGCUUUGGUGGUUCUGCCACUUUCUGUUAGAGAUAUUCCUGCUUCUUCUGGCCUCAAGAUAUGCUUCAUCAUAGUGGGAGGAUGGUUAGCUUCACUUUGUGUUGCGGGUUUUACAGCUAUUGCCAUUAGAAAAAUUGUGAAGACAGAAAUGACAGAUGCUGAGCCUAUGGCAAAACCUUCCCCAUUUUCUCCUAUAGAAUUUUGGACUUGGGGUGGUAUCUUUCUUGUGUCAUUUGUUAGUGCAAUAUUUUAUCCUACAGCAUUAGGGACAAGUGCCCGAACAUGCCUCCCCUUUCUACUUGCCUCCACUGUGCUAGGCUACAUGGUUGGUUCAGGGUUGCCAUCUGAUGUGAAAAAAGUUUUUCAUCCAAUUAUUUGCUGUGCACUCUCUGCAGAUCUGGCAGCAGUGGCCUUUGGGUACUUUUCACGUUCAGGAGUUGAUGCAGUCUUGGGAGAUUACCUUACAAAGGUGCCAUCUAAUCCUGGAGCUGGUGAUAUUCUCAUGGGAUUUUUGGGCUCUGUUAUUCUUUCUUUUGCCUUCUCAAUGUUCAAACAGAGAAAGCUUGUUAAGAGACAUGCGGCUGAGAUUUUCUUAUCUAUCAUUGUCUCAAGUUUGUUUUCUUUGUAUUCAACUGCUCUUGUUGGACGUCUUGUUGGAUUAGAACCAAGUCUGACUGUUUCAAUUCUACCAAGAUGUAUAACUGUGGCAUUAGCUCUCAGCAUUGUUUCCUUUUUUGAGGGUGCCAAUUCAUCUGUCACUGCUGCUGCAGUUGUUGUGACUGGUCUGAUUGGUGCAAAUUUUGUGCAAGCAACGCUUGACAAGUUACGUUUUCGUGACCCUAUUGCCCGGGGAAUAGCAACUGCAUCUAGUGCCCAUGGAUUGGGAACAGCUGCAUUGUCGGCCAAGGAGCCUGAAGCCCUUCCAUUCUGCGCCAUUGCCUACGGUCUCACUGGUAUAUUUGGUUCAUUGUUUUGCUCAGUCCCAGCAAUCAGGCAAAGCUUGCUCGCAGUUGUUGGUUGACACCAUCAGUUGUAACAAUUCUACAUAUUUGCAUGUCCUGUUACGACUCUAAAUCUGUCCCACCAGACUGAUUUAUUGUACAGACAGAAAGCCUUCUUUCAUUAGUACAACUUCGAAAAAUGAUGUUGCAAAUAUUUGAUCAUAUGAUUACUUGUGUGUUUCUAAUAGCGUUUUAAUAAAAUGCACUCGCUUUGCUUACCUCGGAAUGUCAAUUGAAAGUAACAACAAAAAGGAAAAUAAAAAGCAAAUAUGGGUUUGGUUCAA